CCUUUGCCCCUAACAUUAUUAGCAGGAAAAUCAAAGAAGAGCCCAAAGAGGACCUUUCUGUCACAAAAGAGAAGAAAGACCGGGAUCGAGAUCGGCAGAGGGAAAGCCAUGGACGAGGCAGAGGGAGGCCAGAAGUUAUUCAGUCUCACUCCAUCUUUGAGCAAGGCCCAGCAGAAAUGAUGAGGAAGAAAGGUACCUGGGAUAAGUCGGUGGAUAUGUCUGAUUUUGGCCCAUCCCACAUCAUCAACAUCAAGAAAGAGAAGAGGGAGACAGAUGAAGAGACUAAGAAGAUUUUGCGCAUGUUGGAGAAAGAUGAUUUCCUGGAUGACCCAGGCUUGAAAAAUGACAUUCGAAACAAGCCAGUUCAGCUGCCCCUGGCACAUUCUGGUUGGCUUUUCAAGGAAGAAGGGGAUGAUCAAGAGGAGAGCAAGCUAUUGAACGCCGGCCAUAAAGAGGAGGAGGAGCUGGAAACAGAUGUAUCUUCGGUGAAAGUGAAAGAAGAACCCCAUGAUGAAGAGGAGACGCCACGUGCCCAGGCUCCAGCACCCACAAAAACCCCUCCUCCCUUCCCUCACGAUGUCUCUCUUGCGGAACUGCUGCCCAGGUUGAGCCUCUCCAAGGAGGAAGAUUUGCUAUUCCUGCAGCUGCCAGACACGCUCCCGGGACAGCCGCCCACACAGGACACUAAGCCGCUGAAAACAGAAGUGCAGAACGAGGAUGGGCAGAUGAUGGUGAUAAAACAGGAGAAGACCCAGGAGGCCAAGGAAGCAGAGAAUACCUGCACCCUGGGGAACCUCUCAGAAGGGCAGGUGGGGAAGUUGCUGAUCCGCAAAUCGGGGAAAGUGCAACUUGUUCUUGGCCAAGUGACUCUUGAUGUAACCACGGGAACACCCUGCUCCUUCCUUCAGGCACUUAAUAGCCCUUAA